GGCGAAAUAGUGUUGAAUGUAGGUUAAAGUUGUUUUAAUAUUUUAUAAUUUUGGAGAAAAACAUUACAUAUUUUUUAUGGAAUCGAUUUGAUCACUUGUUUCUAGUAUUAAUUCAAUCCAAUUCUAAUAACUGAUAUAUUUUGUCAAAAGUAAAAAUAUUCGUGAUGGCAUUAAGUGGUUCAUCGCUUGUCAUAUCUGAUUAGUAAAGUCUAGGUUUUUACAAUCAAAAUGAGACAGUAAUUUAUAUUUUUUUUUUAAUGAGUCACUAAAAGUAGAAAUGAUGUAACUAUUAAAAAUUAACGUGGUUAAAUGGAAACAAACUAUUUGGUAAAAAAAAAAAAAGUUAUCUUUGGACCGAAAGAUCAUACGUUCACGAAUAAAGUCAUGUGAGAGUUUCAAAUGCUCCAGUUAACCAUAGUGUCGUUAAGAGUAGACAUAUACGGGGAAUUUUGUGCGUUAGGUAUAACUGCAGUAGUGUCAGUGGUUCAUCUUAUCGAAUGGAAUCGCUCCUAGCCGAACUGGAGUACACCAUGCGGGAAAACGCGGCAUUGGAAGAAAUAGUACACCGCCUGGCAACCAAGAUCCAACAAAGCCCUUACAAAUCUCUGGCAGAGGUGUUCCGCUGCUUCAUCUGUAUGGAGAAGUUGCGGGAUGCUCAUCUUUGCCCCCACUGUUCCAAGCUUUGCUGCUACUUGUGUAUCAGAAGAUGGUUGACAGAACAGAGAUCACAGUGCCCGCACUGUAGAGCCUCCUUACAUCUCCAUGAGCUGGUCAACUGUCGUUGGGUUGAGGAGGUAACUCAGCAACUUGACACCCUCCAGGCAGCAGCUACUGGUUCCAGUAGGGAUGACUGUUCUUCAGACAGAGACAGAUGUUCACUGCAUGAAGAGAAACUAUCUGUCUAUUGUUGGACAUGUUUACGAUGCAUCUGUCACCAGUGUGCUCUCUGGGGUGGUACCCACUCAAACCAUACAUUCAAACCCCUUGAAGAAGUUUACCUGCAGCAUAUGACCCAGAUUAAGGAAGAACUUUCUGGGCUUCGGCGACGCUUAAUGGAACUUCUGUCGUUGAUGCAAGAUGUUGAUCGAAAUGUUGAGUCCGUGCGGAACGCAAAAGAUGAGCGAGUCCGAGAGAUUAGAAACGCUGUAGAGUUGAUGGUAGCUCGCUUGGACACGCAACUGAAGGCUAAACUGGUGAGCUUGAUCAGCCAUAAAACUCUGCUAAGCUCCGAGAUAGAGAAUGUAGAAUCUGUCCUGCAAGAAGUUGAUGCUGCUCUGCAAAGUAAGACACGUUCGGAACUGAUUAGUAGUUCAACUGAGCUAUCCCGCAUGAUUCACCAAAUCAGGAAGAAACCGAUGUCCUCUUUCGUUAUCCCCACAGUUCCUUCAGAUUUCUUCAGUGAAAUAGUUCCUGCCUACGAGUCAAGUACGUUUGUAAUGCAAGAAUUCUCCCAGUUGCAGCACAAGGCCGACCCAGUUUACUCUCAAUCACUUCAUGUGAAUGGACUCUGCUGGAGGUUAAAAGUAUACCCAGAUGGAAACGGUGUCGUCAGGGGCAGUUACCUCUCAGUGUUUUUGGAAUUGACUGCUGGUCUCCCUGAUUCUUCCAAAUAUGAAUACAGAGUGGAAAUGAUUCAUCAGGGCACAAGACAAACCAAUAAAAACAUUGUUCGAGAGUUCGCUUCUGAUUUUGAAGUUGGUGAAUGCUGGGGAUACAAUAGGUUUUUCAGGAUCGAUCUGCUUGCUAGUGAGGGUUAUCUUAAUACAGAAAAUGAUACACUUAUACUUAGGUUUCAGGUUAGACCGCCAACAUUUUUCCAAAAGUGUCGAGACCAACAGUGGUACAUAAAUCACUUGGAGAGGAUUCAAUCCCAGUAUUUAGAUGAAAUUAGUAAUCUGAAGCAGAAACUUGGUACUGCAAAAUGUUUUAUGUUGGACACCGCACGCUGUGUUAAUUCCUUGGCAGAAUCAUCUCCAGGAAUUGCUGAUCUCAUCCCAGUUGCUGCUUCUCAGGGUAAUACUCCUCAUAUUCCUGAGCGCAGUACCAACCCAAGUUCCAAUAAUGGAGGAAGUGGUGAAGGACACUCAUUAUUGGCAACUUCUAAUCCUACUCAAUCUCCUGCCAUACUAUGUGCCAAGAACAUCACUUCAGCAACUACUGCGAAUAAAAGGCCUCAUUCUAAUAUAGGCCAGUCGAACCCUGAAAAUCAAGCUGGGGUUGUCAACCUGACAGACACUGAGGAUAGUGAUGGAGAUGAAGAAACUCAAAAUGUUAACAGUGUUAACUGUCUUCAUCACAUAGAAGAUGGCAAUAGCAAUGACGAAAAUGAUGUCGAUGAAGAAACAGCAUCAGGAGAUAAUGAUAUUGAGUUUUCAUUGAUGGCCCGAGAGAGACCUGACAACAAUAUAGGUGAUAUAGCACUUCAGAGUCUUGAAGAUGAAAUUAUGUUAAUGAGAUUAUUUGAUAUUCAAGAUACCAAUGGUAUUUUCCUUGAAACUGUCCGUUCUUCACGAGCUCAAAGAGACUCAGCUACGGAAUCAGUGAAUGUGGAUAAUAUAAAUGCUAGUGAUAUCAUAGAAGCAGAUGCAGAACCAACUUUGUCAACUUCAAAUAGUGAUCACCUAUUUUGGCUUCUCCCUGAGAAUACUAGAAAGACAUUUUUCGAUGAUAUGCUUGAUGAAUCACAAAGAGCUAGUGGAAAUGAUCACCUUUCAAGGCCAGAAAUUGGCCUAAGGUGGUCGCCUGCAAGGCAUGGGCAAACUGCUCGGAAUUCAACUUCUCCUCUGUCCCUUAGGCGCAUGCAGGUCCAUAGAGAGAACUUUGAAAAUCUUCUCCGCCAGCUUUCAUUUAGUCCUAUUCGAAAUGUCCCAUCAUAUGGUGCUGAAGGUGGCAGUUCUUCUAUUAAUGCUACUCCAACUGCUGGUACAUCUGGAGUCAACCAAAAUCAGAGCCCAAAGAAAAUGAAGUGUAAAGGACGCCAGGUUGGUGAAAAGAAAAAACUGGAUAAAGAUUUUUUUCCUCUUCCAAAGAAUGAUGGUUCGCCAGAUGGUAGAGGGGCCAACUCAAUUUGAAAAAUAAAAUAAAUAAAUGUAUUAUUAGCUUCAGUUAGUAUGUUCAAUAGAAUCAAAUUUUAAAUUAGGUACUAAAUUUUUCAUUUUUAUUCAUUAAGGUUGCCCCAGUAUUAACUUCACGUAUGUUUAUCAAGAUGAAAAAUUACACAAUCUAUGAAUUGUAUUUUCAUACUGACUAGAGUUUAGUUAUAAUCCAUUAUUAUGUUUAUUAAUGACUGAUUAAGUAUAAUAAAUGAUUUCUGUGAUUUAGUUUAAAUUCAUCUUAUGUUUUUAAUUUCAUUAAUUUGAUGUGAUUCGAUUUUAUAUUUAUUUUUAGUUGGCAUUCCUUUAUUUUGUGAUUUUUAUUAUUUUUUAUUUUUUUGUUAUUGCUGUUUGUUAAGUUUUUAUAUUAUCAAUUAGUUUAUUAGGACCUAUAUCAUAGUAGUCAACAAUGUAGACAACAAUUGUUUUGAAUUAUUUUCUGAAAUACUUUUUUGUGAAAAAUGUGAUAUUGUAUUGCCUAUUUGUUUACGUCUGUUGUAUACUGCUUAUUAACAAAUGUCGCUAGACAUUAAAAACUAAUAUUUUUUAAAAUAUAUUUGUUGUGUAAUUUCCUAAAUAAAAUUAUAUGUAUAAUUAAUUUGAUUUUCAAGUACCUUAAAAUAUCUACGAUGUUUCAUGAUUUUGUUUUUAUGUUUAAAUUUGUUUAUUUUUCAUUGUGAAGCUUUGAUCUAGAAAGUCAAUUUGUCUUUGCUCAUUAGCAAUUUUAAACACAGUUAUAAAAUUCAUAAUUUUUGAGUUAUAGUUUUAUGUUCCUUAUUGUCUUUUAGUGGACAUAGUCUGCACUUAGUUUGUGUGUUUGUUCUAAACUAUUAAUACUCCAUGGCCAGUGUCCUUUAUGCAUACUGUUCUUUGAGAUCAUGUUGAUCUUAGUUAUUCAAACAUAAUAAUAAUAACAAUAAUAAUUGUUAUUAAUAGUUAUAUUUGAAAAAGAAAAAAUAUUUUGUUAGAUUUUUAGUUUUCUUAAAACUUAUUUUACACACAAAAUUUCCUAGUAUUCUGGGAACAACCAAUUUUGUGAAACUAAUUUUCAGCACUUAAGUCUUAUUUAUCCAAAUUUACUAAGAAAUGAUGAGUUGUAUGUGUCUCUAAAUUUAUAAUAAAAUCUUUUUUAUUAAUUUAUGAUUUUUAUUUUUUGAAAAGCUGCUUCC